UGGUGUGUAAGAAUGAACUGUAUAUGCCUAUGAUACUGUAUUUCAAGUAGCAGUAUUCUUUGCUGGUAUUGUUGAAAGAUUCAUAACAGCGAUGCCACACACAGGUCAAGCUGGUGUGAAUCAACUGGGAGGCGUUUUUGUCAACGGUCGCCCUCUCCCCGAUGUGGUACGGAAGAAGAUAGUGGAACUAGCAAUACUGGGCGUCAGGCCAUGCGACAUCAGCCGACAGCUCCUCGUCUCCCACGGCUGCGUGUCCAAGAUACUCACCAGGUUCUAUGAAACUGGUUCGAUUAGACCUGGCUCUAUUGGAGGAAGUAAGACUAAGCAAGUGGCAACACCAACGGUCGUAAAGAAGAUACUGCGGCUUAAGCAAGAGAACCCAGGAAUGUUCGCAUGGGAAAUCAGAGAGAGACUGCUCAGUGCGAGAGUGUGCGAACCCCACUCCAUACCCUCCGUGUCUUCAGUCAACAGGAUCCUAAGGAACAGCGGCCUCGCCUGGAGUGACGAGGAACCGAGGAGUGGACAUGAACCAUAUCCUCAACCGGAGUUAUCCCCAAAUGUUAUGGACUACAUGGCAUUGAAAACUUCAUUAACUCCUACUUCACUACCUCCACAACAAACAACACCGUACUUCGCUCAUUCAGCAGUCAGAAUACAUCCAUCGCAGCCGACAGACCCCGCCCAGAUCUACGACAGGAGACUCGCCACGUCAUGGCUCUUAGCCAACCAAGUCCAAGCUCAGGGACUAUUAAAACCUUACCCAAUAUCUCCUUGGCAAAGGAUCAUGAUGCCAUACCAUACGGACUCUAAAAACUUUACCCCUUACCUCAGUCUACAUAGCGAUCUCCUAAACAGAAUAAAUUCAGAUGAUGUUAAAUCGGAGAAUUCCGAACACAUAUCGGUUGAAGCUAGUGACGAUAGCACUGACCGGCCGGACGAUGAACAAGACCAUAAAACAAAAGAGAAAGAAAAAAAGAAGAAUCCAUAUUCUAUUGAAGAAUUAUUAAAGAAACCAGAUAAAAUAUCCAAUCCAUACCCAAUCGCAUUCCAGAAUAUACCUCGACAACCGAGCGGGAGUAUGGUUGAAUAUAAUAAUCAGGAAAAAAAUUCUAGCGAUAGAAGUUCACCAGCCAGUUAUUGUUCCGUCCAAAGCGGCGUGUCGAAUGACUGUUUCAAUGAAACCGUGAGUUCAGAAAUAAAGGCGGGAAACUAAACUUUUUUUUUUAAUAAUAUA